UUCUUCUCGUUUCUUUCUUCUUCUUCUUCUGGUAAACCCUAGGGCGGCAAGCAGGUACUCUCUCUCUCUCUCCGGUCUCAAGGGCAAGACAAGACUUUCAGAAAGUACCCCCUGUCGUUCACCAAUCCACCCGCAGGUGGAUUACGAGUCCGGAGUCCGCAAAUCCGGGGCCAAAUCGGGGUAGGGAUUUUGGCUGCCAUAGACCGGAGAAGAGGAAGGGGCGGAGAACAAAUCCGGCCGCGUCUCAAAUCCACUAGCCAAACUGGCAGUAAGAGUGCAAGACCACAGUAGCUCGCUCGCUCGCUCUCUCUCUCUCUCUCUCUCUCUCUCUCUCUCUCUCUCUCUCUCUCACAUCAAUCAACAGCUCUGUGGUUUGGUUCUGUUGGUGCCCAGCACAGUGAACUCGUGGGUUGAAAGAUGAAUAAUCUGAAGCAGUCUCGGGAGCUGACGUGGAACCUCCAGUUGCAGUCAGAGGACGAAGAAGCCCUUGGGUUUGCCGCAUUCGACAUGGAGCGAAACCGAUUGUUCUUCGCUUCUUCCUCCAACUUCAUUUACACUACUCACCUUCCUUCUUCCCAGGAUGUCAUAGCAUGGAGGAGCACCUCUUUGACUCUGGCUACUGAGCGUAUCGGUUUAGAACCUGGAGAUACCAUUACUUCCUUUGAUUAUUUGAUGGAGAAAGAAGCACUUAUAGUUGGGACCUCGAAAGGACUUCUACUGCUACAUAAUGUGGAAGAUAAUGUAACAGAAAUAGUGGGUAAAGUGGAAGGUGGUGUCAAGUGCAUCUCACCUAGUCCAGAUGGAGAUCUGCUUGGUGUAAUUACUGGUUUUGGCCAGAUAUUAGUGAUGACUCCAGAUUGGGAUUUGUUGUAUGAGAUGGCACUUGAGGAGCUUCCUGAAGGUGGUGACGUGAGUGAACCAACAUCUAGUACCAAUUAUUCAUUUGAGUGUCCCAUGUCAUGGCGAGGUGAUGGGAAGUACUUUGCAACACUGAGCAUGGUUCACAAUGCUGCUUCAUUGGAUAAGAAGAUUAAAGUUUGGGAACGAGAUUCGGGGGCGCCGCACUCCGUCUCAGAAUCAAAGUCCUUCAUGGGAUCAGUUUUGGAAUGGAUGCCGAAUGGAGCGAAAAUUGCUUCAGUUUGUGACCGGAUGGCAGAAAAGAAGUGUCCAUCAAUAGUCUUCUUUGAGAGGAAUGGGUUAGAAAGAAGCUCGUUUAGCAUCAAUGAGGCGAUGAACUCAACUGUAGAAAUUCUGAAGUGGAACUGCCAUUCGGAUCUUCUUGCAGCUGUUGUCAGAUGUGAAAGAUAUGACUCCCUUAAGAUCUGGUCCUUCAGCAACAAUCAUUGGUACUUGAAACAAGAAAUUAGGUGCCCCACACAGGAUGGAGUAAGAUUCAUGUGGGACCCUACGAAACCGCUGCAGUUGAUUUGCUGGACUCUGGGAGGCCAGAUCACAAUCUUCAGUUUUGUUUGGCUUACAGCUGUCACGGAGAACUCAAUAUCACUUGUAAUUGAUGGCUCCGAGAUACAAGUAACCCCUCUUUCCAUAGCUCUAAUUCCACCUCCUAUGUUUCUAUUCAAUCUAAGAUUUCCAAGCCCUGUUAGGGACAUAGCUUUCUGGUCCAAGGGUCUGAAGAAUCGUUUGGCCGCAUCUUUGUCGAACUGCUGUUUGUGUGUUGUUGAGCUUCCUCAACUUGAUUUUUGGGAAGAGCUAGAAGGAAAAGAAUUCAACGUAGAGGUUUCAUAUUCAGAAUCUUCAAUCGGAUCCUCUUUGCAUCUUGUAUGGUUGGAUUCACAUGUACUUCUUGGUGUUUCUCAUUUUGGUUUUAGGCAUAGUGAUUGCUUGCCAGAAGCCUGUUCAGGAAAAAAUGGGCUGCUUCCUGGGUAUUAUAUACAGGAAAUUGAGCUCGUGUGUUCCGAGGAUCAUGUCCCAGGUCUGGUGACAUGUUCAGGUUGGCAUGCAAAAAUAUCCAGUCAAAUCUCUCUUGAAGAGCAAGUAAUUGGUAUUGUACCUAAUCCUUCUAGAAGAUUUUCAGCAUUUGUUCAGUUUGAUGGUGGAAAAAUUUCGGAGUAUGCAUCAAAGUUGUGUGUCACGGGAGGAGUUUCUGGGAUUAUUCAGGUACAUGACAACCUGGGAUUCUUAUCAUCCUGCCCCAGGAUGUGUGUGGCUUCUAUCGUUGACUCUGGGUCAUCAAAGUCUUUGAUUUUUGGGCUUGAUGACAGCAGUAGGCUGCACGUUAAUGGAAGGAUAUUAAGCAACAACUGUAGCAGUUUCUCAUUUUACUCCAAUUUUAGUGAUCACGUGGUCACUCAUGUUAUUCUAGCAACUAAACAGGAUCUGCUGUUUAUUGUUGACAUUGGGGAUGUGUUGCUUGAGCCAUUAAAUGCUAAGUAUGACAACUUCGUGCCUGUUGUCAAGAAAAGAAAUGAAGAGAAAAGGAACUGUAUUAGCAUAUGGGAAAAAGGUGCCAAAAUUGUAGGUGUCCUGCAUGGAGAUGAAGCUGCUGUUAUACUACAAACAUCUCGUGGAAAUCUCGAAUGUAUAUAUCCACGUAAACUGGUCCUGUCCUCAAUUGUUAAUGCAUUGAUUCAAGGACGUUUCAAAGAUGCACUCCUUAUGGUAAGGCGGCAUCGGAUCGAUUUUAAUGUUAUCGUCGAUCAUUGUGGUUGGAAGGUGUUUCUUCAAUUGGCUCCAGAGUUUGUCCGACAGGUAAACAAUCUGAGCCAUAUUACUGAAUUUGUUUGUUCCAUGAAGGAUGAAAAUAUCAUGGAGACGCUUUACAAAAACUAUAUAUCUCUACCUUGCCUAAAAGGGGCCGACAUUGAAGCCAAAAAAUUUGAGGGUUCUGAUGCAAUUAACAAGAUAUCCGCUGUCCUCAUGGCCAUAAGGAAAGCUCUUGAGGAGCAGGUCGUGGCAAGUCCAGCUAGAGAGCUUUGUAUUUUGACCACCCUAGCGCGAACUGAUCCCCCAGCUCUUGAGGAAGCUUUGAAAAGGAUAAAAGUGAUUCGGGAAAUGGAACUAUCAGAUUCUGAUGAUCCAAAGAAAGUAUCUUUUCCUUCUGCUGAGGAAGCUCUAAAGCAUCUUUUAUGGUUAUCUGACGGUGAAGCUGUUUAUGAAGCUGCUUUAGGUCUUUACGACCUGAACCUUGCAGCCAUUGUGGCACUGAACUCACAACGGGACCCAAAGGAAUUUCUUCCGUUUCUCCAGGAACUGGAACGCAUGCCAACUCUUUUAAUGCAAUAUAGUAUCGACCUCAAAUUGCAAAAAUACGAGAAUGCACUCAGGCACGUAGUUAUGGCAGGAGAUGCUUAUUAUGCUGAUUGUAUGAAUCUAAUGAAGAAUAAUCCUGAACUUUUUCUGCUCGGACUCCAACUGAUCAGUGACCCUUCCAAGAGGAGACAAGUCCUUGAGGCCUGGGGAGAUCAUCUCAGUAAUAAAAAAUGCUUUGAAGAUGCUGCAGCAACUUAUUUGUGUUGUACUAGUUUGGAGAAAGCACUGAAGGCUUAUCGCGCUUGUGGUAAUUGGAGGGGGGUGUUAACUGUUGCUGGUAUCAUUAGACUGGGGAAAGAGGAGGUCAUGCAACUGGCACAUGAACUCUGUGAAGAACUUCAGGCUGUUGGUAAACCAGGAGAAGCUGCCAAAAUUGCCUUGGAAUACUGUGGAGAUGCGAAUGCUGGGAUCAAUUUAUUAGUCAGUGCAAGGGAUUGGGAGGAGGCGCUGAGGGUUGCUUUAAUGCACCGGAGAGAUGAUUUAGUUUCAGAAGUGAAGAAUGCUUCUCUUGAAUGCGCCAACGUGCUGAUUGGCGAAUACGAGGAAGGGUUGGAGAAAGUAGGCAAGUACUUGACCCGUUACUUGGCCGUUAGACAGCGGAGAUUGUUGCUUGCAGCGAAGCUCCAGUCAGAUGAGCGAUCAGUUAAUGAAGUCAAUGAUGACACUGCUUCAGAAUCUAGUAGCAAUUUCAGUGGAAUGAGUGCAUACUCCAGAGGGACAAGAAAGGGCUCUGCUGCUUCCAUCAGCUUAAGUACUUCUAGUAAGGCAAGAGACAUGAAGCGUCAACGGAAUAAAGGGAAAAUCCGUGCUGGCAGCCCUGGUGAGGAGAUGGCUUUGGUGGAGCAUUUGAAGGGGAUGUCCCUGACCACCGGAGCAAAGCAUGAGCUUAGAUCUUUAUUGGUUUCCCUUCUUACACUUGGCAAGGAAGAUAUUGCAAGGAAAUUGCAACGUAUAGGAGAAAACUUUCAACUGUCUCAAAUGGCAGCAGUUAAACUCGCAGACGAUGUAGUGUGCAGUGAUAUUAUUGAUGAACAAGCACAUUCCUUGAAUUGUUACAUCCAGAAAGUGGGUAAAGAGCUGCAGGAUUCAGACACUUUCUCUUGGAGGUCUAGAGUGUUGCUUUCGCCAUAACAGGUAACAGCUGCCUAAACAUGUAAUUCACCCACUUGUUCCUAUGCUGCGUGCCAGUUUUUAUUCUUGAGUGCUGUGAUACACGGUUGCCUGGAUGAUACCCCUGGACAUCAUGUCACCCAUUUGGCUGCGUGAAUAUUUGCUUUCCGUGGUUGCACAUACUGAGAUAUGUACCAGAUCAGUACAUGGGUGGUUAUUGGCUUAAUGCUGGCGGCCAAAAAUUGGUGGCGCAAAACGAGCCAGAGUGUGGCUUUUGGGUUAUACUGUUGUCUUUUUCUGACCAAGAAUCCCUAGAAUUAUUUAAUGUAUCCUUCUUCUUUUUUAAAGUUUUAGUAAAUAUCCUACUCACCAGUGGAUGGAUAUGUGACUGGUUAUUGGCUGAGGAUAUUAUUGUUGUGUCUAUGUAGUGAGCUUUUGGCUGUGGAAUUUAAAAGGUGGUAUUGGUUUU